ACCGGACUUAAUUUUUUUGGAGAAAAUUUGUGUAUUUACGACGAAUAAAUGGAUUAAUCUAGUUUGAUGGCACGAGUAGUGGUUAAGUUGUUAGUUAGAAUGAUUCUUAUUUCGAUAUAAAAGAAAAGAAUUAGGGUGGUUUAGGGUAAUCAAAGAAUGGUAGGUGUAAAUUUGACAAAGAACAGUUACUGGGUUUUGAGGCAUGGCAAAAGCAUUCCCAACGAACAGGGUCUCAUUGUUUCCUCCAUGGAAAACGGUACGCGCCCUGAAUUCCAAUUGGCUACCGAGGGAAUUGAACAAGCACACGUAGCUGCAAAACUUUUCCAACAGGAGCUGGAAGCAAAUAAUAUACCACUUGCCAAUGUACGCAUUUGCUAUUCUCCAUUUUCAAGAACAAAACACACGGCUCAAGUUGUUGCAGCUGCGCUCAAUCUUCCUUUUGAAGGCCCACAGUGCAAGAUGGUGGAAGAUCUCCGUGAGCGCUAUUUUGGUCCUUCAUUUGAACUUCUUUCACAUGAUAAGUAUGCAGAGAUUUGGAAAAUGGAUGAAAAGGAUCCACUUGUUGGGCAAGAAGGAGGAGAAAGUGUCAAGGAUGUUGCCUGUAGACUUACAAGAGCGGUGACAAUUAUGGAAUCAGAAUAUGAAGGUUGUGCCAUUUUGGUUGUGAGCCACGGGGAUCCCCUGCAAAUCUUGCAGACAAUUCUGCUUGAAUCUAUACAACAACAGGAACACCCUAACAAGGACUUAGCAUCAAUUCUAAGUGCAGUUCAAGUAGCAUCAAUCUUAUCCCAGCACCGUAAAUAUGCUCUGGUAACCGGAGAGCUCAGGCGAGUCGUUUGAUAGGUUUGAAGUAUAGGAGGAAGACAUUACACUAUUUUGGCUCAGGCUCAAUUUAAUCCCCCUAUUGUUGCUAAAAGUUAAAAAACACUUAUCUCCAAAGUCUAGACUAGUUAGUGAUAGUAGACCUUGCAGAAAAUAAUGGGUUCGAUUUUAUUUACUUAGUUUUUAAUAUAUGCAUUACUUUUGUAUUUUUUUUUA